GAAGAAGAGAGAGGGCAGAAGAAAGAAAGAACAAACGGAAGAAAGAAGACAGACAAAAAGAGGAGACGAGAGAAAAGGAGGAAGGGCAAAGAGAAAGAGAGAAAGCGCGAGAAGAAAGCGAAGCGAGAAGAAAAAGAAGCAGCGAAGAAGAAGCCACCAGCGAGAAGAAAGAGACAGCGCAGACCGGAAAGCAGCGAAAGAAAAGCGACGAGAAUGAAA